AUGUCUCUCCUGACCCACCUGCUGGCCGUCCUGUUCGGGAUGGGCUCCUGGGUCUCCAUCAACGGCCUCUGGGUGGAGCUGCCUCUGCUGGUCCCUCAGAUCCCAGAGGGCUGGUUCCUCCCCUCGUACCUCUCGGUCCUCAUCCAAAUGGCCAACGUGGGACCACUCUUUGUGACCCUCAUGCACCGCUUCUACCCUGGAAAACUCAGCGAGACAAUGGUCAUAUACGUCAUCAUCGCGCUGGGAACAGUGGCGAGCGUUCUACUUGGAUUUUUUUGGAAAGAGACCGUGGUUGUGGCGGGGUUGCAUCGAAGCGUGGCCUUGCUGGUCCUGACCUUUUUCUUAGCAGCUGUGGACUGCACCUCGUCCGUCACCUUCCUACCCUUCAUGAUGCAGCUGAAGCCAGAAUAUUUGACCACUUACUACAUCGGGGAGGGCGUGAGCGGGCUGCUUCCUGCUCUGGUCGCUUUAGUCCAAGGCGUCGGGGUCGUCCAUUGCAUAAACAGCAGCAGUAUUUCAAACUUAACAUCUAAUGCGUCUUCCUUCGAACUCCAAGCCAGAUACCAACCUGCAAACUUCUCCGCUGAGGUGUUUUUCUUCUUCCUAAGCGCCAUGAUGAUCGUCUGUCUUGCGGCGUUUAUUCUACUGAACUACCAUCCGGCGGUGGCGAGAGAGAUCCCCAACAGACGCUACAAAAACGGAGUCAAAGCCAAGAGCAGCAGCUGUGCGGAGCAGAGGAUGAUGCUGGACCUGUACCGGAGCCACACCCGGAGGAGUGGCUUUGGCUCCGGGUCCUACAGCGUGGCGCAGGUGGUCUACAUCUUUGUGGUCCUGGCCUGGGCUAACGCUCUGACCAACGUGGUGCUCCCCUCGGUGCAGUCGUAUUCCUGCCUGCCGUACGGGAACAACAUCUACCACCUGUCUGCGACCAUGGCCGCCGUGUCCAACCCCCUGGCCUGCUUCAUCGCCAUGUUCCUGCCCAUACGGUACAGCGCUCGCAGCUGA